AUGUCCUGCGGUGCCUCUAGCGUGUCUCCCGCUAACUUGACCGAAGCCGACAAGCUACAACGCGCGGCCAUUGAGCGAAUCCAGUUUGACAAGCUUAGCAAAAUUGUUAAGUCGCUGAGGAGAAUCGAAGUGCCGACUAUAGCAAAAGAUGCGCUUAGCGACUUGUCCAUUACUCUGGGUAGGCCGCUCGACGUGGACGGGAGUCUAAGCUCCCUAUCGGAUACUGCCAGCACUUUUUUCUUGCCUUGCGACUGGCCCCACGAUGUGCUAGAGUACAAAACAUGGUCACAGAGAAGUUUCUGGCGCAAUAUGGAACACGUCAUCUUGGAUUCAGCGAUCAAUCUACAGAUUCCCGACAUCCGGAGCCGGUGGUUUGAAGAAUGUCUACUGAGGUUAUCUGACCUCGUACCAGAUCUUUGGAACUCUUGGUGCAAUCUUGAUUGCAUUUGGGAAGAACUACGGCUGCAUCUGCCCCUACGCCUCUUCUACCGGCCUCGUCAUACUGCCAUAUAUCACGAGUCCUAUAGUAGGUGGGUUAUGCUCACGCAUGAGGAACUAGAUAUGCCUCAUGCCUCCUGCUUCGUCCUUGACUCGGGAACUCCAGACGAGAACGCCAUCCUACUCUCAGAGGCCGAAGCGGCGGCUGCCUUAGUUAAGCACCAGCUCCGGAACGGCAUCUAUACAAGCCACCAUACGAAACCCGUCCUUCUCGCGACAGUUAUGCGAAAUCAGACCGGCCGCAUUACACAGGCCCAUUUUGACGGCAAGCAGAACAAGCUCGUCCUACGCCAGUCGCGGACUAUGGACCUCUCAGGCGAGAAACCUAGCAGCGACGCGUGGACAAUGCUGCGCUGGAUUGCCAGUCAACCAGUUGGCCAGACCCGCUACGAAAUAGGAGAUACUGAGGAGGGUGCCUGUGGCAAUAAUAACCCAGCCCAUGAUGUCUCAUUUACACCGAAGUAUCUUCAGAACCAAGAUCCCCGCCAGCGCGAGGCACUGGUUCCAGAAGUUGGAACAGGAAGCGGAUAUCCAUCCAGAUGUUAA